UUCUUAAUUCCCAGAAUGCCUCUACUGACUCUAUUAUUCAUGUUUAUUUAUCAACGGCAUUUAUACAAUGAUAUUUAAGAUUUGCUGGCAACUUUUGCAUGGCAGUAAUGAGUAUGAGAGUGCUGAAAAGCUGCCUGAAGUUCUUGUGAUAGCCAUGUUCCAUGUCCAAUCAGCAAUGGGCAUAUGUUGUUCAAUAAGGACCUCCCAUUUCUGUUGAUGUGUUAAUAAUUGGCAGCUGUGGUGUCCUCAGUGAAAGUGUGGUACUGCUGCUUGUUCCCUGAAAUCAGAAAAGUGUACUGUUUUGCUGAUGGAGACAACCCACAAAUACCAGAAACCAGAUGACACUAAACAAUGGGCAAAGGAACUAAAAGCUUCAGACGCUGGUGAUGACACAUCUUCUGUCAUAUUUGUCCUUCAUGAUAGGCUGAUAGCUGUUUCAAUGAUGCUCUGAGCACUUCUGACCACCCACUUCUCCAAGGAUGUAGAUUGAUCUUCCUCAGAAUGUUGAUGGUGAUGGGCCUUCUUGAUGAGGGGCGAGGUGUGGAGGACUCAACAGAAGUCUUGUGUUAAGACUUGAAGCUGUUGACUCUACAGCAGUUCCAUUAAUGGAGAUGGGUCUGUGGGUCACACUCAGUUUCCUGAAGUCAACGAUCUGCUCCUGGGUCUUGCUGAUGUUGGUGCACAGGUUGUUUCUAGGUCACUAGCAGUUCCACCUUCUCCCUGUAGGCUGUCUCAUCAUUGAUGUUUAUUUAAUGAUGGAGUUUGUGUUAUGCCUAAGGUAGGGUGACCAUACUGUACGUCCUCUUUUCCCUGGACAUGUCCUCUAUUUCGCACAUUAAAAAAGCAUCCAGACAAAAAUAGCGGGAAAAAUAGCCUCUUAGAUAAUCGGUAUUGGCCAAUACAUCGGUGCAUCUCUAAUAUAUCUAGUAAUAAUAUAUAUGUGAUGAAAAGUUUUCAUUCACAGUAACAUUGUUUUGAACAUGCAUCAGACACCAUGGUCCUAUACCACGGUCCAGCUUUCGUGACUGUGAUGAGAUCAAAAUGACUUGGUUGUUGUGUGAUAUUUAUAGACCAUGAACGUAUUUGUGAGAAAAAUAUUUCGUCCAUACCAUACCACACCAUCACCACCACCAUACCACAGGAGUGCUGAAUGCACAAGCAAUGAGUUCUCACUUACAAUUCAAGGAAACUAGGCAGUAUAAAUUUAAAUAUUUUACGUUGAUAAAGAAACACAUUUCACUCAGCAACAGAGAGCUGUUUAUUGAUCAGCUCUAUGGAUAAACUAGCAAGACUUUUCUUUAAUAGACCGGCUAAACACCCUCUUUCUUUCUUUCAUUCUUUCUUUCUAUCCAGUAACUUAGAAUACAGGAAGUGAGCGGUUAUAACAGUAACUUUGGAACUUCCUCUACUUCUCAGUAAAGCAUAAUUAGAACUGUAAAAGGAGAUUCAUCUUGCUAUUGUAGUUUCUCAUCACUCACGACUAAGAUCUCUAACAAGUACAGAGAGGACUGUUCUCUGGACAAAAUGAGAAUACAGGUCAUCUUUGGAAUCCUGCUGAUUUUCACAAAAGCUGCCAUGGGUUUGCUGUUUCAGGAUCCUGUUGUCUGUAGAUUUAAUGAGAGUAGUCAGUGUUAUAUAGCUCUGGGACAACGACUGCACCUGCAAAUGCCCCUGGAGGAUAGGUUUGAACUAAAGAUCACAGACAAGACAUCUACCACUCGUUUCAUUUUAAAAUAUAGAAAAACCCAAAGUAACCCACCAAAACCAAAUCUCCCAAGAUGGCAGUUUGUUAAAGAUAAUAAAACUAUGAUACUAACCAGUGCAGAGAGGAACGACUCUGGAACAUACACUUUAGAUAUUUAUGAUGCAAACAGGAAUACUAAAGGCAGUUAUACUUUCCAGGUGAACAUUGCAGCUGAGGUGUCCUCAGUAAAUAUGUGGUACAGCUGCUUGCUCCCUGGAGUCAUGAAAGUGUACUGUUCUGCUGAUGGAGACAACUUCCGCUUCAACUGGACUUCUGAUUUAAACACAUUCCCUCAACUGGAGGACGGGAGCAGCACUGUCGUACUGAAUAAAGACCAUCAUGGAAAUGUCACCUGCCAUGUAGAAAAUCAUGUCAGCCGUGACCACAAUACCACUGAACUCCACCCAUGUCCUGAACCUACUACUGCAGUAAUCAGCUCCACAACUUCUAAUGAUGGUUUGCUGUUUCAGGAUCCUGUUGUCUGUAGAUUUAAUGAGAGUAGUCAGUGUUAUGUAGCUCUGGGACAACGACUGCACCUGCAAAUUCCCCUGGAGGAUGGGAUUGAACUAAAGAUCACAGACAAGACAUCUACCACUCAUUUAAUUUUAAAAUAUAGAAAAACCCAAAGUAACCCACCAAAACCAAAUCACCCAAGAUGGCAGUUUGUUAAAGAUAAUAAAACUAUGAUACUAACCAGUGCAGAGAGGAACGACUCUGGAACAUACACUUUAGACACCUUUGAUGCAAACGGGAAUAAUAAAGGCAUUUAUAGUCUCCAGCUGUACAUUGAAGCUGAGGUGUCCUCAGUGAAUAUGUGGUACAGCUGCUUGUCCCCUGGAGUCAUGAAAGUUUACUGUUCUGCUGAUGGAGACAACCUCCGCUUCAACUGGACUUCUGAUUUAAACACAUUCCCUCAACUGGAGAACGGGAGCAGCACUGUCGUACUGAAUAAAGACCAUCAUGGAAAUGUCACCUGCCAUGUAGAAAAUCACGUCAGCCGUGACCACAAUACCACUGAACUCCACCCAUGUCCUGAACCUACUACUGCAGUAAUCAGCUCCACAACUUCUAAUGAUGGUUUGCUGUUUCAGGAUCCUGUUGUCUGUAGAUUUAAUGAGAGUAGUCAGUGUUAUGUAGCUCUGGGACAACGACUGCACCUGCAAAUUCCCCUGGAGGAUGUGUUUGAACUAAAGAUCACAGACAAGACAUCUACCACUCGUUCAAUUUUAAAAUAUAGAAAAACUAAACGUAACCCACCAAAACCAAAUCUCCCAAGAUGGCAGUUUAUUAAAGAUAAUAAAACUAUGAUACUAACCAGUGCAGAGAGCAGCGACUCUGGAACAUACACUUUAGAAACCUUUGAUGCAAACGGAAAUAAUAAAGGCAUUUAUACUCUCCAGCUGAACACUGAAGCUAAGGUGUCCUCAGUAAAAUUAUCGUACAGUUGCAUGUUCCUUGGAGUCAGGAAGGUGCAGUGUUCUGCUGAUGGAGAAAACCUCUACUUCAGCUGGACUUCUGAAAUAACCACUCGGUUAGAGAAUGGGAACAGCACUCUCCUACUGGAUAAAAACUGUAAUGUAAACAUUACCUGCCAUGUUGAAAAUCACGUCAGCCAUAUCCACAGAUCCAUUGAACUCCACUCAUGUUCUGGUUUUAUGGUGGUGUUUUUGUCUGUGUGGAUCUUUCAAGUCAUCAUCCUGCUGUCUCUGUUAGUGGGAGCGUACAUCUACCCCAGAAUCUACAGGAAACAGAGGACACCUGAGAUUCAGGAAGCUCUGUAAACCUGGAUUAGGAACAGAAGAAGCAGAUCUCCUCUAUGCAACCAUCAAUAACAGAUGGCUAACAGAGAACAUAAAUUUAAUUCCUCAAUCCACAAAAAAAUUCAAAUAAAUCAGACUCAAGAUUCCUGUAGAUUCGUUGAGGCACCGAGUGCUAAUUUUCAGUUGUUUCUGGUAUUCUUUCUUUUUUAAUAUUUUAAAAAUAAUGCAAUGCUUUGAUACAGUUGUUACAAACAUGCCAACAAUGCUUUUGUGGGAAUGAUUUUAAUAAAGUUUUUGAAAUGUAAAUGUAGGUAUAUGUACUGUACGUGUGAAUGCUGAAAUAAAGUCUUUUUUUUUUUUUUUUAACUGACACACCUAAACUCACUGUUCUUGAUGUAUGAUGUAACUUUUGAGUUCUAAAUUCAACAAAUUAAAUCAUUCCCAAAAUAAAAUGCUGUACUGUCUGGU